ACGCAAUUCAAAUAGAGUUCCAGAAAUUUCCCUUUUCUUGACAGACGACGGGUGGCUGUGACACCUUCUAGGCUCAGAAAUCAAACCACGUGACCUAGACGCGUCUGUAAGCCACUUGUUUAUUUUGGUCAACCACCCGCGCAGACCCAUAAAUACCCGCCGUAUACAUUCCAUCUCGCUAUUCCCCUCUUGACCGCCAACCUCCACCACCUCUUCCCGCUCAUCUUCUUGCCUUCUACCCGCCGUCAACCAACAAUCAUGCAUUUCUACAGUGCCAUCCUCGCUCUCACCGCUCUCACUGCUGGCGUUAGAGCCCUACCACCUCGCAGAAUCACACCGCGCAAUGCAAUCGGUAAUGUCAUGACCGGCGCAGGCGGUUCAGCACCUGCGGGGUCGGUCAUUGGCACUGGUGCGACCACAAACUGCACAGGCCCCCUAAGCUUGUUCGGGUGUCACGGUCUUGAUAUCAUAAACAUCGGAUCAAACAACGCCGGAUCAGGAGGGGUGGCAAGUUCAGGUUCAGCAGCCGUUCAAAGGGUUGGGUCAAAAAAGUUUGGAUCAUCAAAAUUCAAGGGCGUGCCCAUCGGGAACGUGACCACCGGAACGGGAGGAUCAGCACCAGGUGGCUCGGUUAACGGCGUCCCCGGCGGUCUCAUCAAUAUCGGCUCAAAUAAUGCAGGAAACGGCGGGACGGGAACGAGUGGAGACGUAGUGUGAGCGGUGGAAAGGAGGAAGGAAGCCUUCACAACCUAGAUGCACAACCUAGACCCACGAAGCAUAGACGGCAUGCACACGGACUACUCAUUUGUACUAUAUCACACUGCACUAUCCUCACAUUGAAACAGACACCU